AAAAAUGUCAAAGUGAUAAUUAAAAAAGACCAAGAAUAGUAUGUUGUGAAAAAACUAAAAAGUCACAGUUUAAUCAUAAAAAGGUUUCCAUACAAAGACAACAGAGUCCCACCAAGGGCCUACACGAUGAUUACAUUUAUGCAAAUGUUUGCGUUGAACCUCUUUGGACAAAUACACAUGUUAAAUUGAUGGAUCAACUGUUACUAACCCACAGACAACCUGAUAUAUCAAUUACAGUCAGACAUAGCAAACGUAUACAUUUGAAAAGGUGUGUGUGUGUGUGUGUGUGUGUGUGUGUGUGUGUGUGUGUGUGUGUGUGUGUGUGUGUGUGUGUGUGCAGGCUGUCUAUGCCAGUGUGCUACCCGGCGAGCUCAUGAGGGGCUACAUGAGUCAGUUCCCCACCUUCCCCAGCUGGCUCGGCAAGCACUCCUCCACCAGCAAGCACUCUCGCAUCGUGCAGGAGCUUUCCUCACACAUGGGAUUAAAGACGAUGAGCAGCCGGGAGGCGGUGAACCUGGACUACUUGUUCUACCUGCGCCAGGCGCUACUCAGCCCGCUGCAGAGGCUCGGAGCGGAGGGCGCCGCCCAGGCUGUGCAGCUGCUGGAUGACUACCAGCUGGUCAGGGAGGACGUGGAUAGCCUCAUGGAGAUCAGCGUGUGGGGGGGGCAACCAGACCCCUACUCUAAACUAGAGUCAAAGGUGAAGGCAGCGUUCACCCGGGCCUACAACAAGGAGGUCCACCUGACGCCGUACUCUCUGCAGGUCGUGAAGAAGGGCCGCCGCGGGGGUGGGGGUGCCGGGGAGUCGGAGCUGGGAGCGGAGGAGGUGGACAAUGAAUCGCAGGAGUCUGAGGACGAGGGCGUCAAGUUGGACGCCAUGAUCAGACAGAAGAAGGGCAAACCUAUCAAGAAGAAGGAGACCAAGGAGACCAAGGAGACCAAGGAGAAGAAGGAGACCAAGGAGACCAAGGAGGCUUCUGGGAAGGGGAAAGGCAAAGGAAAGGCCAAGAAAUGAACACGGUCCUGCUCUGCCCCCCCCCCCUCUCAGCCCCCACAGACUAUUACACUCUUUCUCUGCACUUAGAGACCCUCUGCUGAGCAUCAGUGUGCUGUGAGUCGGGUCUUAACCUCCGCUGGGAACUCACUCGUCCCUCCCCUUUGACUAGAUGGCUCAGAAAUGUCUUUUUUUUACUUCCUGUCGUGUCGCUCAGUGUCUCUAUAAUGAACAAAUGUAUAAUACCAGCUUGUAUCAUGUGUCCUCUGUAGUGACGUGCGUCUCAUCAGGAGGUGAGAGCAUUUCCACCGUCAUCAGUUAGUGAUCCAGGAGCGGAGGCUGUAAAUAAUGUGACUCGGAUGUACGGGACUGUCAGACUUUGUUAGGACUUUAAUACAGAGACGCUGGAGCUCUGCGCUUAGCACUGAGGUUCCUGUAAAUUGCGAUUUUGUAAAAAAAAACCAUUCAUGAGGAUAAAUAGAGAAAUAUGUUGGUCA